AUGACACCCCUCGAACUCUUUUCCUCGACCAUCGGCCCGCUGCGCCGCACCAUCAUGAGCUACCGCGCCAACGGCCAGUCUACCGGCAUUGCUACGGUCGAGUUCCAGCGCGCCGAAGACGCGAACCGCGCCUACGCACAAUACAACAACCGUCUGAUUGACAGCAAACGCCCUCUCAAGGUCGAGGUCGUCGUCGACCCUGCGCGUGUCAAUGCCGCCAUCCCUGUCCCUGCUAAAGCUGCGACGCGCGGCAAGGCUGCACGCGGCACUGCGGCGCGUGGCCGCGGCCGUGGCGGCCGAGCAGCUCGCCCAGCGCGCGCGCACAAGACCGCCGAGGAUCUUGACGCGGAGAUGGAAGAUUACACCAAGCAAGCGAGCUCCGAGGCCGUUCCUGCGAUGGACGAUGCCAAGACCGCUGCCUAA